AUGGAAGCAAUACCCAGUGCCCCUGGGCCAGGCAGCGGAAAUGUCUCGACCUUUCCCAUUCGCACCAUCGUUGUGCUGGCGCUCUGUGCGGUGGUACACUCCUACACAUCCAUCAGCCUAUUCCCGUACGUGGGGACAAUGGCGAAGGAGCUGUUGGACCUGGAGUCAACCAACACAUCAGGAUUCUAUGCCGGCUACGUGGCCAGCGCGUACAUGCUUGGACAUUUUCUGAGCGGAUACUUGUGGGGGUACGCUUCCGAUUCCGUAGGGAGGAAGCCCGUGAUUCUCGUCGGGCUAUUGGCUGUCGCGGUGCUGUCGCUGACAUUCGGUCUGUCCACCACUUACGAGCUCGCCAUUUCGUCCAGGUUCGUCCUCGGGGUCAUGAAUGGCAUCAUGCCCGCGAUCAGGACUACCGUGUACGAAGUGUGCACGACCAAUUCGCACGUGGUGCAAGCGAUGGCCUACAUCGAUGGUGCCAAAGCUGUUACUAUAGUUUUCGGCUCGGCUAUGGGGGGACUCCUGGUGCAGCCGGUUGAUCACUACCCGAACGUGUUUUCUGGCACAGGUCUGUUCGGGAGGUUUCCGUUCCUGCUUCCGAACCUCGUCGGGGUGGGCUUGGCGCUCCUAAUCCUGCCGAUAGUGAUUGCGUGCGUUCCCGAAACUAAGGAUUUCGAGGACACCUGUUCAAGAUCGAGAUUUAGUAGCGUGAGUAGCGGCGAGGCGACGUCCGGCCUUUCCGCCGAAAGCUCACCCGCGCGGGAUCGAACGAUUGUCCGACGUCCCCCUAAAGGUGGGGCGUUAGCCUACACUUCACUGGGGGACGAGGACGUCUCUGCUCAGCAAGCAGCACAGGAGCCCCGUAGCGUGAAUGACUCCGGAAGCCGAGCGGCGCACAAGGAAGGUGGCCUCGAUACCCGUGAGCCACCCCUCAUCCGCAAACGAGAAGAGCAGAGGCUCUGCGGCCCUGGCGGCUUGCUGUCCGUGCCCAGGGUCAAGCCCCUCUUGUUUCUCGUGUGCGUUGUCCAGUAA